AGACAUUUUUCUGUUUAUUGUUCACAUCCGUUUCAAUUGUUUGACUAAAUAAAUAAGAUAUAUAAAUAUAUUUAAUGCAAUAAUAUUAUAAAUAGUUUAAACUAUUUUUAAAACGAAUUCAGUACUAAAAAUAUAAAAAUAUUGAAGUUUAAUUUUAAGAGAUAGUUAAGUGAGUCGUCUCGUCGAAUCGUUUCGAAAGAAAGAAAAUGGCUGCCGAUGUGUUCUGUGCGGCAACUACCACUCCUUUCCGUGAUAGCUUUCGAUAAAUUAUUCUGUAAAAUAGCCCCAAUAUUUUAUAUUUUCGAAUAUGAAUUAUUGCUCGUGUAUCAGUUAUCUUCAAGGAGAGAGUUAAUUAUUAACAUUAUAAAUUCAAUACCCACAAGUUAUGAAAACGACAUGGCGGACUGAUAAUCAACCAAUGGGAAGCCAGCAUCAAGCGUUUCAGAAUUGCAUGUACUCGCAUUUCGCGUCAUUACGUUUUCGGUGCCUUCUUUCUCCUAUAAAAUUUGUAGGUAAUCUUUUGAUAUCAGUGAGUUGAUUGAUUUCUCAGUUUAUUGCCUAAAAGACAGUGUGAAUAUUGUGUUUAAAAUUGUUAUGAGACGAUCUUUUAAUGUGAAGCAUCCCGACGGCUGGGAUCAUGACUGCGUUGGAUUUAGGAUGAACUGAAAUGCAAUACCAUCUUUUUGUUUUUGUAAACAAGACUAUGUUUUUACGAUACACGUGCGAGACUGUAUACAAUUGACAGUUGUUGUUUUCAAUUAUGUCGGGAAGGGGGGCAAAGAAACGCGGAAGGCCCCCAAAAUCAGGGAGUUUCGAGAAAAGUAGGAAAUUCCAGUAUCAUUUGUUGAAAAAACCGAAAUAUUUACUAAAUCAACAAAAUGCGGGAUCUACUUCUUUGGUUAGUACUCCAUCAGCAUCAAGAGCAUCAUCACCACAAGGAAGUGAUAUAAGUAGACGAAGUACACGAAAACAACGAGGAGGCAAAACACACAAAAAUAAAAGAGGUGGAAUAUCAGGCUCGUAUUCCCGGAGAGGAUAUAAUCCGCACGCAGCGGAUUACCAUGAAUCGGAAUAUCAUUAUGGAUCUGAUUUUGGUGAUGAAUAUAGUGAUAGAUCGGAACCCGAAGAAGAUCGCGGUUCGGAAAGCUCUGACGGCACUGUCGGAGACGGUGCCGCAAGUGAUAGUGAUUUCUCUGUCAGCAGUUACAGCACUACUAGUGGUACUCCUCGUAAGGUUAAUAAUUUACUCAGACCACCAAGCCCAGAUCCUCUGUGGCUUCAACAAGAACGACAAAUCCCAUCCUUAGAGCUUCCUGCUUCAUCAGAUGAUCUGCUUAUUCCACAAAACUUAAUCUUGCAAGUAGUUGGUGUUUAUGAAGUGUUGAGGCACUUUAGACAUCUUGUACGAUUAUCACCAUUUCGCAUAGAAGAUUUAUGUGCAGCUAUAAGUUGUGAGGAGCAGAGCAAUCUACUUGUUGAAGUGCAUAUGAUGCUACUGAAAGCUUUAUUAAGAGAAGAAGAUGCUCAACAAACACAUUUCGGUCCUCUGGACCAUAAAGACAGUGUUAAUAUUACUUUGUUUUUACUAGAUGUCAUGACAUGGCCUGAAGUCCUUAGAAUUUACAUAGAAAGUGAUAAAUCAUUUGAUCAGAAUGUUGUAAGAAUUUUAAAUGCAUGUGAAUAUCCAUUUACAACAGUGGAUGAACGUCUGGCUGUUCUUCAAUUCUUAUGCAAUCAAUUUUUAAUAACAAAUCCAGUCCGUGAUGAUCUCCUCAGUGAAGUUCCUAUACAUUAUGAUGAUCAUUGCCGUGUAUGCCAUCGUCUGGGUGAUCUUCUAUGUUGUGAAACAUGUCCAGCUGUAUUUCACUUGGAGUGUGUAGAUCCCCCAUUGGGUGAUGUGCCAUCUGAAGACUGGCAAUGUGCUCUAUGUAAACAACACAAAACAAUGGGUGUCACAGAUUGCCUCCCAGAUGCUGAAAAACAAGGGCUAAUGUGUAGACAUGAGCAUUUGGGCUUUGACAGGCAUGGAAGAAAAUAUUGGUUUAUAGCUCGAAGAAUUUUUGUGGAAGCUGAAAAUGGUGAUGUUUGGUAUUAUUCAUCUUCUCAGCAAUUUGAGGAGCUAUUAAAUGUAUUAGACUCUGAUGAAAUGGAGGCUCCAUUAGUUAGAGAGCUAUUAGAAAUGAAACAGGAAAUCUUGAGACAAAUGGAUAUCACAGAGCGUCUUACUAAUCAAGUAAAGGGAAACCGAAAGUCGUAUUUAGAGAUUGAAAAUGCUAACAUAGUCAAACAGCGAAAAUUGAAAGAAGAACUGAAACGACAAGAUCGUAAUCCUGAACUGAAAUUAGAUGAUGAAAAGAUGGAUAAUGUAUCAUCUUUAGUUGGUGAUGGCGAUGUUGUGAAUGAAGUGACUGUUGUCAGUGAAGACACAACCCAUGAAGAUAAUGACAAUGAAUCUACUGAAGAUGAUGAAAGUAAAAAAAUAAAAUCCAAUAAAGUUAAACUACCGCUUCAAAAGAAGCAUGAAGAAGUGACCGAACGAUUAACAAGACUAAAAUCAAAUCAGAUCUCCAAUGGAACUUACUUGUUUAAACUAGGAAACGAAAAUAGUUUUAAAAAUUAUAUAAACCAGUACUCUGCAAAUCCUUUGGCAUUAAACAAACCACAGAGAAAUGAAGAGAGGGAUAAGAAACGUUAUAUGUCCCAUAAGUUUUCUUUAUCUUCAGCCCAAGAAUUUAAGUGGGUUGGCUUGCUAAACGCUACAAAACCAUUACUAGAGGCUACACUUAGACAAACCUUAUUACAAUUAGAAUCAAAUAUAGUAUUACAAUUCAUGCACCCAAACUGGUCCCUUUUGAGAAAACCAUGGGUACAAGCUGUACAACUUUGUCAAGCUCCACGGGACUUCGCUAGAGCACUGUGUGUGCUUCAGGCAUGCAUUAAAAGUGUGGUUUGGGUGCCAGCAUGGCAUGAACAACUAGGUCACGUAAGGUUAAUACGUACAACUGCCACUGAAAGAGAGGAACGCAAAAAAUUAGACAAAAGAGAAAAAAAGGAAAGAGAUGAAGAAGAAGAGCGAUACAGGACUGCCUACAAUUUUGUCAAGUAUUCUCUGGGAUUGCGUCAUCAGGUAUGGAAACAAAAAGGAGAAGAGUACAGAAUUCAUGGACAAUGGGGAUGGUUAUGGAAUUCAUCCACCAGAAAAUAUAAAAAACAUGUUAAUGCGAAAGCUUGUCUUUUGAAUGGUCCAGCCAAGAUAGCCGUGCGAGUUAGAGAAGGCAGUAUUAUUAAAGUUUUAGCAGUUGAACCAAAAACAUAUGAUUACCUGAUAUCUAAGGAAGGUGAAAAUAAGGAUGUAAUGGAAAAAUUGCCGCCGUCAAUGCGCAAUUUAAAGGUUGAUAAAGAUGAAGAUGGUUUUGAAGAAAUAGAUGUUGAAAAAGCACUAAGUUCAUCAACUCGAAGGUAUUACCCAAAAAUUGCACGAAAAUCUAAAUUAGACGAAUUUUUGGCUCGUCGAACAUACUUAAAAUUUAUGGAAGAGAAGAAAUUAGCUAACUUAUUAGCCAACGUAAAAAAGGAAGACCCGGAAGUCAAAAGUGAAGAUGACAAAAACAUCGACGUAGAGAAUGAUGAUCCAGAACCUGAUAUAUCAACCAUUUGUGGAACAGUCGGUGGAAGCAAUAAGAAAGAUGGAACUGUGGCAUGCGCUCAGGAGUGCGAUAAUAAAAGUAGUGAUUCCUAUGUUAAAAGGAAGUUCAGUAGAGAUACCAAUGAUGGUAUUAAUUACAAGAUGGAGAAGAAUGACGUUGAUGAAAACACAUGUGUUGUCAAGUCUGAGAGUACAUUGGAUGAAGCUGCCGUGCCGGCUGUCGGCAACGAAAUGGACAUCGACAUAACAUGCAAUAAUAAUGAAGAUAGUGAGGUAGAAAUAGGUCCUCUCAAAGAGUUAACGGAUUGUGAAUCAACGGAACAAGAUAAUGCAAGUACAGCUAAUGACGAUAAAGAAAGACCGCCUAUCCCAAAAUUGAAAAUAACGAGAGGGAGGGCUUCUAAGGCUUCUAGUAAUACUCAAAAUGUUGGUAGUAACCAAGAAGGAAAGGAUUCUUCUUAUAAAUGUUCUGUAACCUCUACUAAAACUAAUGACAAAGUAAAGUAUCGUGCAGUUGUUAAUAGAAGAUUUGGUUCUACGAGAACUUAUAAAAGAGAAGAUAAAACUAUAAAAGAAGAAAAAACAGAUGGCAAUUUAGUUAGAGUUUUUUCAACGGAAAUUCCAUCUGGAAAAGUUUAUUUAAAACGAGUGCAAACAUCAGCUGUUGAAAAGAAAAAGAAACGGACUCCCGUGAAGUAUCCCCUUUGUUCAACAUUCCACACAAGGAGUAAAGCUAAAACAAUAAUGGUCUUGCCUCAUCACGAACUGCGGAAACUCUGCAGACAAGCUGGGCACAAUGCUGUAGCUGGUUUUAGCCACAAUGCUAAACCCAAUCAAGCUGUUUGGCCAUAUCCAUGUCCUCGACCAUUAUUUAAAACAUGUUGGUUAUAUCGCACUGUUAAUCUUCAGUGGUUAGCGAGUGCAGCUUUACAACUUCGCAUUAUGUGGGCAUGCUUACGUUGGGAUGAUAUGGCAGCUAAACCUGCAUCUGCCGAUGGAAAACAUCAGCUAACUACUGACACUGAAAUAGUUUCUCUUGAAUUACUAAAACAUCGACAUAUAGGUCAGUUUUCGGAACGGACGCAAUACCUUCGCCGACGAGUAGUAAUACCACUCGAAUUACCGAAAACAGUCUCUGAAGAGUGGGUCGACGAAGAUAAACUGGAACUGUGGGAGGUUCGUCAAUACGGAGAGCGUACCGAGCGUGCGACCCCUGUGACCCGCACGUCUACGGGCAAGCUGCCGCAACGCAACGUGGCGCCGCCCGCCAACGCCGCCGACCUUAAAGACAAGAUGGAGCAACAAUUACGUGAACAGAGAGCAGCUCAUCAACAGAAGAGGGCUCUAGAAAUGUCUCAGGAAAAAUCGAAAUCUACUCCAGGUCAGAAUUCCAAUAAAAGCACUCUUACAUCUUUACUUACUACCAAUGCCACCACACCUACAGGGCAAAAAACAGUUAUUGGAACUAGAAGAAUUAUCAUGACAAAGGGAGCUGAUGGUUCAACGCGUGUCAUCAGUCAACCCAUAGCUGGUUCAACUAAAUCAGCACAAAGUGAUGGAGGUACCGCAAAGCCGACUGCAACACCUCAAAAAGACGGACCACAAAAAGUGCAAAUUAUUCGAGCACCCGAUGGGAAAAUAACAGUUCGGGGCUUGCUAGCAGGACAACAACUUAUACAAAUGCCGGACGGAAAGUUACACGUAGUGAUGGCUGGUCAACAAGGAAUUACGGGGCAGUUAGUAGCAGCUUCGCCAAUGACUAAACCAGCGGAAAGUUCUAACGCCGAUAGAGACAACAUCCAAGCAAAAACAGUCGUCGAGGAACAGAGACAAACAGUCCGCGCCGCCGCAUCCAGUACGCAGCAAGUCGUAGUGCAAGCUAACCGACAAAUCGUGGUACAGCCCACCCAACAGGUGGUAGUGCAGCCCGCCGCGCAGGUGGUGGUGCAGCCCGCGCCGCAGGUGGUGGUGCAGGCGGGCGCGCGCGCCCUGCCGCCACGUCUGCAGCCCGCGCAGGCCGUGCUGCUGCAGGGCCAGCUCGUGCCGCGCGCCGCCGCGCCGCGCACGCCCGCAGUCACGCCGCGCCCUCGUCCUGCCGCCGCGCAGCAGAUUGUCGUCAAUAACCCAGUAUUGGUGCAGCAGAUUGCCGCCGGAAAAAUUCAAUUGGCGACUGUUAACGGACAGCAAGUUCUUAUUCGGCCUACUGGAAACAAUCAAGCGCAGAUAGUCGCGCAUAUAGGUCAAAGUCCGGCAGGCGUAAGCGCUGCACCGGUUUCCUCCCCAGCUCCCGUGAUUCGACCGGCUCCGCCUCCAUUGGCACCGCAGCCCGCUCCUCAGCCUAUCCAGCCCCUACCGCAACCGCAACAACAACUUACCGAAGAUGAAAUUGUGGAAAAGCGGCUGCUAGUUGGCCAACCUCCUGGCACAGUGAUAAAAACUGUAACAGCGCAGGUCAUGCAGACUAGCAGCGGACCAAGUAUAGUUCUCCAAGGGUUGCAUGGAUACUCUUUGACACCGCAACAGCUAGCCUUAGUACAACAUCAAGUGAAACAGCAGUUGCUAAAAGCUCAAGAGUCUACAGGCAAACAGGGUAUGCUGGGUCCCAGGAAGAUGUACCUAGCCGUGCAACCAGCGCCCACCGCGCCGCCGCCGCUCACUCCGGUGGCGCCGCAAGCUCUGCACGCUAUACAGUCGCUGCAGCCACUAGCAGUGCCAACGCAUCAGGAUGCUAGUGAAGAAGACCAAAUAAAAAGACAAACACUUUUGAAUGGUGAAGAAAAUGUAGCAGAAGCGGCGAGUCAUAAAGAGGCGACACCUUCAAAACUUGAAGAUAUCAAAGAAAAUAACACGAAAACUGAUAUUAUUAAUUCAGCGGCAGAUGUUCUACAAAGUAAUAAAUUCGUGUUAACUCCUGACUAUAUACAGCAAACUAUUAAAAGUGCACUCAAACAAGAAAACCUUAACCCUGAAAUAGAAGAAAAACUAUUACAACUUCAACGCUAUCAAGAAAAACGUAUGAAACCUGAAGUUCCACCUGAGAGAGAGACUCGAGCAAUAGCAGUGGUGGCUAGGUCACCCACACCGCCAGCACGACGUCGACCUACAUCUUCGCGACACGACGACGACGAUGACGAGUGGGUGGACAGCAGUCCCCGCAAGCGGUCUCGCGGUGGCAGGCCAGCCUCGCCCCCUCCGCCGGCGCCCCCACCGCGCGUCAUGCCGCGCGCCCCCGUUGCAACGCCUGCGCCUCCUGCAACUGUGCCGACGCCGCAACCCGUGCACCCGCAUCCCUCACCCAUUGACGAACGCCGCCGAGCCGCAUCUAAUAAUUCUCGCCUGCAGAUGCUACUAUUCAAGCAUAAAGAAAUGCUUAAGAAAGAUAUCAUUAAAAAACGAGGCCUACUUGAGAAAGAGCUUGGUGUUGAGAUUCAGAAAGAGCUGUCUGCAGAACUAGCACUUCGUACGAGAGCCGAACGAAGUAAACAGGAGGAAGUUAGAGGUGGCAAACGUCGGGGUGCGAGUGCACCUACUACUCCUAAACCCAACAAAAGAUCUGUAAAAAAAGAGAAAUUAUUAUGUAUAUGCCGGACGCCUUACGACAAUACCAAGUUCUAUGUUGGCUGUGAACACUGCAGCAACUGGUUCCAUGGUGAUUGUGUAGGAGUUACGGAAGAAAUGAGUAAAACCAUGGAAGAAUAUGUUUGCCCUGAUUGUCGACGUGCUGAGGAAACACAAGAACUUUAUUGUCUCUGUCGUCAGCCGUAUGACAAUUCUCAGUUUUACAUAUGUUGUGAUCGCUGUCAAGAUUGGUUCCAUGGCCGUUGUGUUGGAAUUUUACAAUCAGAAGCAGAUAACAUUGAUGAGUACAUUUGUCCAAAUUGUCAAAAAAAUAAUUCUGUCAAUUACGCAAAUAUGAAGGAAUUAACUCUUAAAGAUUUUGAAAACUUAAAGAGACUUGUUAAACAAAUACAACUCCAUAAAAAUGCUUGGCCUUUUAUGGAGCCUGUAGACCCCAGAGAAGCACCCACCUACUACAAAGUUAUCAAAGAACCAAUGGACUUGCAGACUGUGGAAAGAAAAGUGAAUGAACAAACUUAUAGUACUUUAAGUGAAUUUAUUGGUGAUAUGACAAAAAUAUUUGAUAACUGUCGAUAUUUUAAUCCAAAGGACUCUGAAUUUUACCGAUGUGCUGAAGGCCUGGAAGCCUUUUUUGCACAAAAAAUUAAGUACUUUCGUGAAAAGUUAUUUGAAACAACUCAAUGAUAAAAGUGCUAGUGUACAGUGUUUAAAGUAUGAAAUGUGAUGAAUUCGGUCUAUAAAACACACCAAUCGCUAUAUUCACUAUUUUGUUUUAUGAUCUGUCUGUAAAUUUAAACUAUGUGAUGCAAAUUGCAAAGAAUAAUUUAUAUUAAAUUUGAAGCUGAAUGUAUCUAAUAGAGUUGGUCAGUUUUGGUUCUUUGUAAGUAUUUAUUGUAUUUAUUACACACUUCAAUAUAAUCCCAGAAUAAAGCUGACACUCGUUAGAUAAACAGGCUUUUGACGGGAAAUAUAUUAUGUAUACAUUU